AUGGACAACAUCUCGGAGAUUCUACAGACCAUUCAUAUUGGUGCAGUCGUUGCAACUUUUCUUUUCAACAAUGGAUGUAUUAUAAAAGCAUUGGAGAUCUUCAACGAAUGUUUGGUGCUCCUUAACGGUAAAGCCCUAGAGACAAGCAAAGAACUAACCACACAACUUGUUGUCUAUGUAUACCAUAAACUUUUUCUUGGCUACACGCUUAUCUACGAUCACACCCGUGCAGUAGAAUGUGGUAAAAAGCUUCACGUGACACUACACAAUACUGGCCAAAAAGCAGAAGAAGGGAUGAUAUUACUUGGAAAAGGGAACAUCUACUGUCAAAUAAGCAAAUACGAGGAAGGAAAACAGUUUUACGAGAAGGCACUCGGCAUCAUGAUUCAGGCUGGAAACAAUCGCGGAGUUGGAAUAUGUUACGGAAAUCUAGGAACUGUGUUUCAAUCUGUUGGUCAAUAUACCAAGGCUGAAGAAUACCUUCAAAAAGCAGUAGUGAUCACGAUAGAAAUCGGUGACAAAGAAGGAGAAGCUGCAACUUACGGAAAUCUAGGAAGUGUGUUUCUUUCUGUUGGUCAAUAUACCAAGGCUGAAGGAUACCUUCAAAAAGCACUAGUGAUCAGGAAAGAAAUCGGUGACCAAAAAGGCGUAGCAUCAGCUUACGGAAAUCUAGGAACUGUGUUUCUUUCAGUUGGUCAAUAUACUAAGGCUGAAGAAUACCUUCAAAAAGCACUAGUGAUCAGCAAAGAAAUCGGUGACCAAAAAGGCGUAGCAUCAGCUUACGGAAGUCUAGGAGGUGUGUUUCUUUCUGUUGGUCAAUAUACCAAGGGUGAAGAAUACCUUCAAAAAGCACUAGUAAUCACGAAAGAAAUCGGUGACCAAAAAGGCGUAGCAUCAGCUUACGGAAAUCUAGGAACUGUGUUUAAAUUUGUUGGUCAAUAUACCAAGGCUGAAGAAUACUUUCAAAAAGCACUAGUGAUCAGCAAAGAAAUCGGUGACAAAGAAGGAGAAGCUGUAGAUUACGGAAAUCUAGGAACUGUUUUUACGUCUGUUGGUCAAUAUACCAAGGCUGACGAAUACCUUCAAAAAGCACUAGUGAUCAAGAAAGAAAUCGGUGACAAAGAAGGAGAAGCUGUAGAUUACGGAAAUCUAGGAACUGUGUUUUUUUCUGUUGGUCAAUAUACCAAGGCUGAAGAAUACCUUCAAAAAGCACUAGUAAUCACGAAAGAAAUCGGUGACCAAAAAGGCGUAGCAUCAGCUUACGGAAAUCUGGGAACAGUGUUUUUAUCUGUUGGUCAAUAUACCAAGGCUGAAGAAUACUUUCAAAAAGCACUAGUGAUCAGGAAAGAAAUCGGUGACAAAGAAGGAGAAGCUGCAGAUUACGGAAAUCUAGGAACUGUGUUUAGGUCUGUUGGUCAAUAUACCAAGGCUGAAGGAUACCUUCAAAAGGCACUAGUGAUCAGGAAACAAAUCGGUGACAAAGAAGGAGAAGCUACAGAUUACGUAAAUCUAGGAACUGUGUUUAGGUCUGCUGGUCAAUCUACCAAGGCUGAAGAAUACCUUCAAAAAGCACUAGUGAUCAAGAAAGAAAUCGGUGACCAAAGAGGCGUAGCAUCAGCUUACGGAAAUCUAGGAACUGUGUUUCUUUCUGUUGGUCAAUAUACCAAGGCUGAAGAAUACCUUCAAAAGGCACUAGUGAUCUGUAAAGAAAUCGGUGACAAAGCUGGUGUUGGAGCUUUAAACUUAAAGCUGGGAAAACUUUGUCGAGAACUUCAGCUUAAUGCGAAGAGUCAAGAAUUUGCUAAUAACGCACUGGAGAUAAGUUACGAAAUAGGGGACAUUGAAAUGCAGUUUCACAGCCACCUUACCAUUGCUUUAAACGCGUUAGUGGCAGGAGGAAUCACAACUGAACUUCUGCGAAAUCUUUAUGAGAGCAUUCAGAAGUGCGAAGAAAUGCAUGAUUUUUUAAGAGUGAAAGAUCAAUUCAAAAUUUCUUUUUUUGAUCAGCAUGUGUCCCCUUACCUUCUUCUUUGUACGUUGUUGAUUACUACAGGCAGUUAUUAUGAAGCUCUGUACGUUGCUGAGCUUGGACGGUCCAGAGCACUGACAGACGUACUGUCAGAAAAGUACUCUGUGGAUAAAGGGGUAUCAGUCAACCCACAGUCAUGGACUGGUAUUGAGAACAUCAUGAACAAAAAUGCACUUAGUUCUUGUCUUUAUGUUUCCUGUUUCGGUUAUAAUAUGUACUUUUGGAUCCUCAAGCCAAACAAAAUAAUAGAUUUUCGACAAAAGACACUUCAAGAGAGUGCAGAUAAAGUGUUUAGAAAUCAGACAUUUGGUGGUUCUCUUGAUUUACGUCAAGACCAAUGCGAAGAUCGAUCAUUUUUUUCAUGUGUAAGCUCCCCGCCAUCAUGUAAACCAUCUCAGAGUGACAACUUCGAAUCUUUGCGUCUUAUAGAAGAGGAAGACGAAAAUCACGACUCUAAAGCUUUAACCCUCGCUGAUGGUUACAACAUGAUAGUCGCCCCUGUAGCUGACUUAGUUCAAGAAUUAGAAAUCAUUAUUGCGCCGGAUAACUUGUUGCAUCCAAUUCCUUUUGCUGCUUUAAUGGAUGAUAAUGGAAAGUAUUUAUCGGAUAAUUUCAGGAUUCGUAUUGUCCCUUCCUUGACCACUCUUAAGUUGAUUCAGCUCAGUCCAGAAGACUACCAUAGUAAAACCGGUGCACUGAUCGUAGGAGAGCCAGAGGUUAGUGAUGUAUACUACCAAGGAAAACUUCUACAGUUAAACUCAUUGCCUUGGGCCAGAAAGGAAGCAGAGAUGAUUGGGCGACUGCUCGGUGUUCAACCGUUGCUUGGAAGGGAUGCAACUAAGCAGGCAGUCCUGAAAAGCAUGCAUUCAGUAAGUCUCAUUCACUUUGCUGCUCAUGGUUAUGCUGAACGUGGAGAAAUAGCUCUUUCCCCUAUAAGCUCCUGCGGAACUCCAAACGAAGAAGACUACUUACUGACGAUGGCUGAAAUUUCACAAGUUCGACUAACAGCCAAACUGGUUGUCCUUAGCUGCUGUCAUAGUGCAAGUGGUCAGAUGAGGGCUGAGGGAGUUGUUGGAAUCGCUCGAGCAUUUCUAGCAUCGGGUGCACGCGCCGUGUUGGCGGCACUGUGGGCUGUAGAGGACGAAGCUACCAUGUGGUUUAUGAAUCGUUUUUACGAGCACCUUGUUCAUGGUGAAAGUGCAAGUGAAUCUCUUCACCAGGCCAUGAAGUCGAUGAGAGAGAAUCACUUUUCUGACGUCAUGCAGUGGGCACCCUUUAUGCUGAUUGGAGAUGAUGUAGCGUUCAAAGGUUUGUAUUUGAUGUCAAUUUUAGGUUUUUCUAGCCAUGUUUAUUCAAAAUAUGUGAAAUGAAUGUUCGUGACAACGCAAUAUUUUGAAAAAUAUUGUUAAGGGAGUUAUACUGAGUUUUGGUAGUUUCUUUCUUUAUUGUCUUUUCGAACCCUGUUCAUGGAAGUGAGGCAGGCUCUCAGAUAGUAGGGAUGACGCGGUGAAAGGCGUGCAAAAAUAUGAGCGCGUGAAUCUAAGAAAAGGAGGGCGGUGGCGUUUAUUUCCUUAUCGCGCUUUCUCAAUUUGGAACUGGCUGGCCUGGAAAAAGCUACGUUUUUGUCUUUCAUCAGGUACACCCCCAAGAAAACGUGUGUUGACACCUACUUCUCUUCCCUAUGACUCAAAUUGUUUUCGUAUGUUUUUUGGGGGAAUCUCAACUAUCGUUUUUUACAUUUUCAUUUUAGUUAGUUAUCGGAGCAUGCUUUACUAAAUAUUCCAUGAAAAUCGAAAAAUAAAAUUCGACCUUCUCUCCAGUUGGAACAGGCUAUAAAAACGCUGCAUGUAUUUUUCAGUCUUAAAACAGAUUCAUCCUCAGGGAACCAGAGACAGCUUAGAGGGUAUAAGUACUAAUUACCGGUGGGCCAGAGUUUAAAAGCAAACGGAAAGAUUCCUUGGGCACUUAAUCUAGCCCAAGCAGCUGCAGGAGCAUUUAAUUUUCCAACUUCUCUUUUAUGCAGAUAUUUUUUUGGCUAAUGAGCUAAAGGCAACUCCCUUGUCUUUUUCGUGUGUUCUUAAAAGGAGGGUUUUUGUCAUCAAUAGUCUCUUUUAUGAUGCUUGUCUCGCGGAGAAGUCGCAAGAUUUAAUAUUCCCCCAAGAAAGUAUUUCAUUCGAUUCAAUUGGGUUUUACAAUACGUUUCGCUUUACUUCUCUUCGUGGUCGCGAUUUUGUACCGGAAGAGGAGGCUUUGCCCGCCUCUUGGCUAAUUCAACGGGGUUCAGUGGAAGUCACUUAGAAGUUUCGCCCCUCCCACCUCCCCUGGUGGUGGCUAACAUCUUAUACCUUAUUAUUCGGCAUGCCUAUUGUCCUGGCAGUCGCUGUUGCCUCCCACAACUUAGUUCCCCGUGUCGCUGGGAACAAUAGGUAUGCAUUGCCAAUAUUAUAAGAAUCGCAUUUAAGCUCAAAGUGAUACAAUACGGCUUUAAUGAAUUUUUAGCAUAUAAAUAAUUUCCUCAAAGUGUAAAGUUUUUCCUAUUUGUUUUAGUUUGAAAAAAUCUGUGUUAGAGAUAUUUAGGUGAAACAAUUAGCAAAACGAGCAACAGAAGCAUGUUGAUCGAUGGCUAAAAUAUAUCGUGCAAUGAAUACAUACGGAAGGGAACCGUGAUCAUUAGUUCUUCUAUUUGCAGGUGCAUUUGAUAAGAGCAGCUCGAAAGAUUGCGAAGGCGCAACGGAAACAAAGAACUUGUAA